ACACAGCUCGUGCUCUCACCGGUGGAGCUGAUGUCUUACUCUAUUAGUUAGACUCACUCAGUUCUCAGCUGUCAUUCUCAUUCCCUCGUAAAACACGAAUGCAAGCCAGAGUCGAGGAGCUGUCCACUUCAGCACCGCUAGCAGGACUGUCCAGACAGACCCAGACUGAGCCUCCUGAAGAUGAUGAAGAUGAUGAUGCUGCUGAGUGCAUGCGGACUGCAGUAACACAUCAGAGGCAGACCCGCAUUCCUCCAUCCAAACAGCCAUCUGAGCCUCCGGUGCAGUGGUCCAUGCCAUUAUCUGUCUGUAGUAGCUGGUCUGGCAGGAAAGGGUAUCUGAAGAACGGCAACUCAAAAUCUCAACUCAAACAAUCACAGGAAUUCACAAACUGACCAGAACGGGAAAGGGAUCCCAGUUUCAUUCUGUUCAUCUCUUCUUCAGUUUUCAUCACAGUGUCUUUUUGUGUUGUACUGUUAUGACGCCAUGUCUCAAACAGGGAAAGUCCUUCAUUUGUAUGUGGAGGUGAGAUCCUCACCAGAGCAUGAUGGGAAAGGUAGCUCCUGUGAGACGACAGCGGAGCAAGAUGGUCCCAUUGAAGCUUUGACCAAAUUAGCACAGGCAGCCUAUGGGUUUCCCGUACCUCCCAGCAGAUCAUUCAAACCAAAUGUUAACUUCAGACUGCAGCCUUCACACAGUUCUUUGGAUUCCCCUCAAAAAUGCAGCAUUCCCCAACAGGAACCAUUCCAACAGGUGCCCUCUGGCCUCAACAACAACAUUGACAGUAAACAAUUAAAACAUGCCCACUCGUCAUACUCCAGACAGACAUCUGGUCCCAGAACACCUUGUCAAACCUGCAGCCAUCACAAGACCUCUAAACCAGAGCUCAGACAGAGGUCCGUAGUCACUUUCAGCUACAUUGAGAAAGCCCAGAUCAAAACCGUAAAGAGUCCUUGUAAUAGUCCCGGUGGAAUAAAGGAGGUAGUGGCUUGCCCGCUUAAGAGGUAUAGUGAUCCAGUGUGGUCACAACCUGCUGAAUCUUCAAGCAAUGAUAGUCCAUUUCACCAGCACAUGGGUUCUAAUUUGAAUCCUAUCGGUCAAGCUGCAACACAGCGAGCACUGAAGGAAUUUGGGUCUCCCCAAUUGAGGUGUAAGUUUUCUAAUUUCUCAGACUGGAGUCCAGAGAUUCAUCAACGCCAGAGGGAACGAUGCCAGUCUUGGGCAGGUCCACCCUUGCCAAACUGCAGUGCCUACCACCAUGAUCCUGACCCAGGCAGGGUAGGAGCUGCUUGUGGUGCCCACAAAAGCCCAGCAUCAGUUGCUUUCUUAUCCCAAACAGUCCACAACAACCAGCAGAAAUCCACCUCCAGGUCUCAAGAAUGCCCCAAGCAGAAUCUCAUUUCAAAGCAAGACUGCUCUGCUCCAGUCAAUCAAAGUUCGGGAAGCUGGGGUGAAGGCAGGCCUCUGCCAGAGCAAAGGACCAGCCUCACAGACACACCCACUCAUGGUUUGAACCAGCUGAGUGGAAGUAAUAAUUCCUCAGCUCUGAACAGUCCUGAGAUAGCCCGCAAGAUUGCUGAAGAGGCAACCAAGGUGUCAACAAUUUUCAACGAGGUCCGAAGUUCUCCUCCCCCCGUUGUUUUCGAGGGUUUGUCUAAUCUAAGCAGCACAAACUAUCAGUAUCCUUCUAGAGAAAUCCAACAUGAGACCUUACAGCAGAGUCGAGUGCAGCAUUCGGCUGUCAAGAUGAACAUACCUGUGCGAGAAGACCAUUCUACGGCAAAUGGGAUGCAUGAAGCGCCAGCUACUAAGAGCUCAGAUUUAAGAGAUGACCUGACCAGUACAUCAUUCUGCUCUGUCCCAGUGGGAGGAGACCCUGAUUCUGUGGCCCUUCCAUCACGUCUUCUUCGUCCAAGUUUGUCCAAAGCAGAUGUGUGUUCUCCACUGCGAGAUCCUCGCCAGCUCAGAGUUGACCGGCCAGUCUCUGACAGCCCCACUUUACACCGUCACAAGCCUCCACAGUACACUGGAGAGGAGUGGACAUCUGGGGAACCCUGGUUCCUGGACGAGGAUGACUGGGAUGACCAUGUCGUCGCAGAGAGCGUGGAGAUCUCCAGGCGGUUGUUUAUCGGUCAGAGUGUAGACGAUUCUCCGGUCAGUUGGACAUCUAGACAGCAAUGGAAAGAGCAGGCAGAGAAAGAUGAAGGGAAGUUCAGUUUGUCAGAAAAACUUGAAGGAAAUCUCAACAGCAGCAGUCCAGUGUACAGAAAAAGAGACGGGGUUGAGGUCAUAGAACGAGGAGAGGAGAAUGUGAGCAAUGUGUUAUGUGGAGCAAACCACAGCCCUGGGGAAAGUGUAGUGGAGAUGACCAGGCUAACACAUCAACAGAGACGGGCUGAAUGGAGGAGAAGACAGGCUUUGCUUCUAGGGCCGGUGGUAUUAGAAGAGGGAGAUGGGGAGAAAGGAGAGGACGAACAGGGGUUUGGAGAUCAGCAGGGUUUGGUUGGGUCAUCCCCGAGCUCUAGUGGAGUAACGGGAAGCCUAGGAGACCGAGAUUGCAUCUCACCUGAGUCCAGCCAGAACAGCAACCAAUCAGAUCACCCAUCAUCAGGAAUACAGUCUGAUGGCGUUUCUUUAGUGCCAGGUCCAUCUCUGCACUGUCAGAAAACUGCUCGUGCCAAGUGGGAGUUUCUGUUUGGCACUCCAGCAGAAAACACUGCCAGCAAACAAGAGAAGAAUGUUCCAGAAUCCUCCACAGCUCCAUCAAGUGGUCACACCACCCCAAUACCGCCCUCUUAUCUGCCACUGAAGGAGCUUGCUCUCAGGGCUAAUCAUGACGUCCAACACGUGGAGGUGGAGCUAGUGACUCCGCCCCCUGCAGCCCCAGGCACCUCCCCCAAAACAGGCAUAAUUCGGCGAACGUUGAAAUACUCCGAGACCGAUCUGGACGCCAUUCCGUUACGAUGUUACCGGGAGACGGACAUAGACGAUGUGCUGUUAGCAGAGCAAGAGGACGCUGACUCUGCGUUUGGGAGUAACCGAAGUGUCAUGGGAACUUCCUGUGCUGGGAGUAGCCCGCUAGGAGAGAUGCCGAAUGAAAGAACAGAUGGACAGGAGGAGGAGGAGGAGGAGGAGGAAGAGGAGGAUGUUGCGAGCUGGGUCACUGUCAGGAUGCAGGGCGAUGUGAGGAGGCUGUUGGCCUAUCAGGAGCGGGAUGAUGAAGAAGAGGAGUUUUACAGAAUAAUGCUAAAGAGGCCCCAAGGUAGUUUCAUUAAUGAGCACACAGCUCUAAAAUCUCCGAUCCUGGUCCGUGGUCCUCGCAGAAGGUCCAGAGACAGUUUGGACACAUUCAGCCGGCAUUUUGAGUACAUCAUGGAGUCACACCGUGCCAAGGGCACCUCCUACAGCAGUCUGGACAGUCUCGACCUUCUGACCUCUAGCACUCAAACUGUCCUGACCUUUGACCUCCCCACACUGACUCCACAGGUGCAGGGUCAGAUCUACCAGAGUGCCCGGCAAAUCGUGGAGCUCAGCUUUGCUCCGUUGGCACAGAUAGAGAUGCCCAGCCUUUCAGAGUCGUUGCUGACGAUUACAGGGGACACGGAUGCCACGCGGGCGCCAUCAAGUGAACGUCUCAGCAGCGGAUCCGACGAUCGCAACGGACAGAGCUGGCAGAGCAACCCCCCACUUCCACUGCCCAGAGAGAAAUCUCCUCGCUUUACUGCGGACCCAGAUUUGGAUCAGGAGCUGACUGAGCGUUUGGGUUUGGGCAGUAAUGACACUCUCAGUAACGGAAACCGUGCCAAUCUGGACGCUGCCAAACGUCUGGCCAAGCGGCUCUUCAACCUCGACGGCUUCAGGAAGUGCGAUGUUGCACGUCAUUUGAGUAAAAACAAUGACUUCAGUCGCCUGGUGGCAGAGGAAUAUCUGCGCUACUUCAGUUUUACUCAAAUGACUUUGGACCAAGCUCUUAGGGCAUUUCUAUUAGAAUUUGCUCUGACGGGCGAGACACAGGAGAGAGAGAGAAUCUUAGCACACUUUUCCCGUCAAUAUGUGCAGUGCAAUUCAUCUCUCGCACUAUCUGAAGACAGUGUCCACACGCUGACCUGUGCUCUGAUGCUGCUCAACACAGACCUGCACGGCCACAAUGUUGGCAAGCGAAUGUCCUGCAGUCAGUUCAUCGGGAAUCUGGAAGGACUUAACAGCGGACAUGAUUUCCCUAAAGAACUCCUCAAGGCCCUGUACAACUCUAUUAAAAAUGAAAAGCUUCAGUGGACAAUGUUGGUGUCUUUGCAGAGACUCGUCGAGCGUCUCUCCCUGAGAAACAUCACGCGGACGGGACGGCAGUGA